AUGGAGGGAGUAUCUCGUCAAAGUUCAAGGCUAUUAAGGCCCCGUGGCCAAAUUCCCCAGCGCCUUCUGCGAUCGAGCACGACGCCCUUCACUCAGCUUCAACGACGGACCUUCUCAAAUUCCCCCCCAACGUUCGCCCCGGAUUCUGUCUUCAGCAGCUUUAAAACUGGCAGCCCAUACAAUGACGGCCCUACCAGCUAUUUUUCAAACCGGCAGACCCUCCCCGCAAACACCGUUGUGCGAUUCGUACCCCAGCAAACAGCAUGGAUCGUCGAGCGCAUGGGAAAGUUCGACCGCAUCCUUGAACCCGGUCUGGCUAUCCUCGUGCCUUUCUUGGACCGCAUUGCCUACGUGAGGAGCUUGAAAGAGGCCGCUAUUGAGAUCCCCAGCCAAAAUGCCAUUACAGCCGAUAAUGUCACUCUCGAGCUGGACGGUGUGCUAUAUACACGGGUUUUCGAUGCGUACAAGGCAAGCUACGGAGUCGAGGACGCAGAAUACGCUAUUUCACAACUCGCGCAGACCACUAUGCGAUCAGAGAUUGGCCAGCUCACUCUCGAUCACGUUCUCAAGGAACGCGCUAAUCUCAACACAAACAUUACUAAGGCAAUCAACGAGGCUGCCCAAGAAUGGGGCGUUGUCUGUCUUCGUUACGAGAUCAGGGACAUUCACGCACCGGAGAAGGUCGUUGCUGCCAUGCACCGACAAGUCACUGCUGAGCGGUCCAAGCGAGCUGAGAUCCUUGAGUCCGAGGGUCAGCGUCAAAGCGCGAUCAACAUUGCUGAAGGUCGCAAGCAGUCUGUUAUCCUUGCGUCUGAGGCGCUGCGCGCUGAGCAGAUUAACCGCGCAUCUGGUGAAGCCGAGGCUAUUCUUCUCAAGGCCGAGGCCACUGCUCGUGGUAUCGAUGCCGUCUCCCGGGCUAUUGAAGAGGGCGGUGAGAACGCCCACAACGCUGUUAGCCUCAGUGUCGCUGAGAAGUAUGUUGCGGCUUGGUCGAACCUGGCCCGUGAGGGUACCGCGGUUGUUGUCCCUGGCAAUGUCGGCGAUAUGGGUGGCAUGAUUGCCAAUGCCAUGGCUGUCUACGGCAAGGUUAGCGAGACGCAGGCUCGGGGAUUAGCGAAGAAGGCUCUAGGUGUCGAGGGUGCGUCCCAGUCGGCUCAGACUCCGGAACAAUCCGUGGACGAGAAGCUCUUUGAGCAAAAGGAGGAGCCCCAUGUCGCGUCCUAG